AUGGCAGCUCGCAAGCUCCAACAGGAGAUUGACAAAUGUUUCAAGAAGGUCGCGGAAGGCGUUGCGACCUUCGAGAGCAUAUACGACAAAAUUAUACAGACGUCAAACCCUUCGCAGAAAGAGAAGCUGGAGGACCAGCUGAAGAAGGAGAUCAAGAAGUUGCAACGGUCGCGCGACCAGAUCAAGACAUGGGCCGCUAUGAGCGAAAUCAAGGACAAGAAGCCGCUGCUAGAACACAGGAAGCUGAUUGAGACACAAAUGGAGCGGUUCAAGGCCGUCGAGAAGGAAAUGAAGACAAAAGCUUACUCGAAAGAAGGGCUGUCGCUAGCAUCCAAAAUCGAUCCAAAAGACCGAGAACGAAUGGAGAUGGUCGAGUUCCUGCAGCAUAUGAACGAAGAGCUGGAACAGCAAGUGGAGAAGAUUGAGGCUGACGUAGAGAUAAUGCAUGCAAGCAUGAAGAAGGGCAAGAAGUCGGACAACUCAAAGGCGGAGCGCAUAGCGGAACUUGAGGACGCAUCGGAACGACACAAAUGGCAUCAGGGCAAGCUGGACUUGCUGCAACGAGCGCUGGAGAACAGCAACGUCGACACAGAACAGGUCAAGGAGAUUGAAGACAGCAUCAAGUACUACGUCGAAGAGAACCAGAGCCCUGAUUUCAUGGAAGACGACACAAUAUACGAUGACUUCAACCUUGACGAAGAGGAAGCCAUCUAUGGCAUGGGCAACGAGGCAGAUCGCGUCUCUUCACAAGACACACAAUCAAUUACGGAAGAACCAGAAGCAGAAUCUCGACCGGCGGUGACGAAGGCAAAAUCCAGCGAAGCAGCAGGCGGACGACGGUCCUCGACACAGCUGAAGUCGCCUCUACCUGUACUGGCGACAUUACAUACACCGUUACCAGGCGCGUCAAAUACAGCAACAAGCUCUAUGAAGCCAGCACCGAUACCAACACGGACGCCAGGCGAACCGCUAAAAUACGCAUCGGCAGCCGCAGCCGCGGCAGCGAGCGACAAGAAUGGUGUAGGAAUCGCCCCUCUACCGCCACCACCAGGGUUGGUCUCGGGGCUAGCCCCUGGACGCUCGAGUGCUACUGCCUCGCCAGCAAUAUCGAGUGUGCAACCGGCAGCACGCGUACAACCGCCUGCCGAGGCGCCAGCACAAUCACAGCCGUCCAAGUCACCAGCGGCCACACCAAGCACGCCGGCCACACCAGCCGCAGAGAAGCAAGAUCUGUCACGUCCAGCGUCGACUGAAGACACCAAAGCGGCAAGCAGGAACAAGACAUCAGCACCAGAGCCGGCUGAGGAAGAAGAGUCGCAAACAACAACAACACCGCCUCUCACCAAUGGUGAAUCACAUGCCGACGAUGAGGAAGAGGAAUCUGUGUACCAUCUACCAUCAAGCUUGCAGGAUCUGCUCGACUCAUUCGAGGCUACCAAAAACGAUAUCAGUGCGUCUGCGACGAAACCUCCUAACGAGCGCAUGCUCGUAGCGUCGAUGGCGACCGCACCAGACUCCGCAGAUACUGAGGCACCGCGCCAUUACCGCCCUCAAAAUCCGUAUCCUUUCACGCCCUCACACUACCCACAGGAACCGCUGGCGAUAUUUGACGACCCUCGCCUCUAUUCUCGCAUUGAGACAGAUGCACUUUUCUACGCCUUUUACUACCGCCAGAACACAUACCAGCAGUAUCUUGCAGCCAAGGCGCUGAAGUCGCAGAGUUGGAGGUUUCACAAGCAGUAUCAGACAUGGUUCCAGCGCCAUGAAGAGCCAAAGGCAAUCACAGAAGAUUACGAACAAGGGACGUAUAGGUUCUUCGACUACGAGAGCACUUGGAUGAACCGGAGGAAGGCAGAUUUCCGAUUUGCCUACAAGUUUUUGGAAGAUGAUCUAUGA